GCUCUCAUUUGUAUAAAACCAGCAAGACGUCUUCUUUGGGACAAGUCGCGUCCUUAGCUUCGACUAGCGGACUGGAAGCAAGGAUCAGCCUUGUUAAGUUCUUCCCAACAUCUUCAACCCCUCAGUCUGAGUGCCAACAUGGAGGUGGAUCUCGACGUCUGUAAUCCGAGUACAGGCCUCUGAUGGCCUCUCUCCGUUUACGGCUACUCUUCCUGCAGCGCCCAACCAAGUGGUGGUGUUCCUAUUCAAGCCCGAUGCUGUCUACCUUACCAACGGCCUACGUUGUAAGCGCUGCGACAACCUGCUCCCGCCCAGAAAAGCCUCCCCGGGUUGUAGCAUGCGUGGACGGUCACCGUCCUGCUAGGGUUCAUAUCUACGAAUCUGAUGUUCCGGUCCAGCAGCUUCCCUGCCAACGUGUGCGUCAGCUAACCUACGCAACAUACAUAACAUGCUAUCCACGGCCAAGUCGUACCCUGGAGACUGGCCUCGUGACAACUCACCAGUACUCAAUAGUUUACGAUGCCAGAGUCAGUCCGACCCCUGAGGGAAGCUAAAUCAACACGGGGCCCAGAUAACUAAAGCCGUAAAUCCCUAUGCGUUGUUCCCCAAGGCUUGUCUGCGACGUCAUCUUAACCGUACCAUCAUGCUUCCGGCGAGGUCGGAGUGGUCAAACAACAUGCCCUUCGACCCUCCUGCCUUUGUGUCUCUGUGAAAAGGGCCGAGAAAAGACUACGGG